AUGCCUCCCCCUCGGAAUCUGCGAGCCUUCCUGGCUCUCGCUCGCAAGAGCUUGACAGCACCUGCGGCCCAACGACAGGCACCGUUGACCUUUGUCGUCGGCAAUGAAUCUGCCGACCUCGACUCCCUCUGCUCGGCCGUCGUCUUCGCCUACCUCCGCAGCCACACCCACCCCAAGUACACACUGCACAUCCCUCUGGCCAACAUCCCCCGCGAGGACCUCCCGCUGCGGCCCGAACUCAGCAAGGCCCUCGGCUAUGCCGGCGUCGGGGCCGAGGACCUUCUCACGCUCUCGGAUCUCGAGGAGGUGGCCAAGGCCCACGGGCUAGAGCCACAGGAUACCCGCUGGCUGCUGGUGGACCACAACGCCCUGACUGGCACGCUUGCAGAGCGCUUCGCCUCGCGCGUGGUCGGGUGCGUGGAUCACCACGAGGAUGAGGGUGUGGUCUCCCAGGACACGGGCAACGAGCCGCGUGUGCUGCGGAAGACUGGUAGCUGCAUGAGCCUCGUGAUGGAAUACUGUCACGGCGCCUGGGAGGCGCUCUCCACCACCAGCGGCCACGAGGACGGCGACGGAGAUCUGGACUCCCAGCUUGCUCGCGUUGCACUCGCCCCCAUAUUGAUCGACACAAACAACCUCAAGUCGAAGGCCAAGACAACUCCCACGGACGUCAAGAUCGCAGAAAUGCUUGAGGCUAAGAUCGGAGGCAAGGAGGACUUCGACAGGAAGAAGUAUCACAAGAAGCUUAGUAAGCUCAAGGAGGAGAUCUCUCAGUUCUCCUACCGAGACAAUUUCCGCAAAGACUUCAAGUCCUGGACCGAGGCCGGCCUGGUCCUGGGGACGUCCAGCAUCCCUCAAGGGAUCAAAUACAUGCUCGAGAACAUAGGUGACAAAGAGUCACUCCUACGCGAGUUCCGCGCGUUUGCCCAGGACAAGAAACUUGACAUUGCGGCUAUAAUGACAUCCUCGGCCAAGGACGACGGCGUGUUCAAGAGGAACCUGCUGGUGUGGGGCCUCAACGAGAAGGCUGUCAGGGCCGUGGAGAGGUUCGUCGAGGCGCAGAAGGAGAACCUUGGGCUGGAGCCUUUCCACCACAUCGACUUGAGCGGCGGAGAUGGUCAGCGCGAGGUGCGGUACUGCUGGAAUCAACACCAGACCGGAAAUAGCCGGAAGCAGUUGGCGCCGAUGUUGAGGUCUGCCAUGGCGGAGGCAGCGAAGCUGUGA